AUGGCAGAGGAGAAAGCGAAACAAUACAUGGAGACUCAGCCUCUCGAUACCAGUAUGGCCUACGCCAACAACUUCAGUGCGCAUCGCCCGGGUAUAACACCCGCUGAAGCCACUCAGAUAUAUGACCAAUGGGCCGCCGGUGGAUACGAGCAGGAUUUAAACAGCUCCAGGUACCGAGGACCAGCAAUAGCAGCGAAAGCUGUGGCAGACUUCUUCCCUCCUAGCCAGCCCGAUGCUCGUAUCCUCGAUGUGGCAGCUGGCAGCGGCUUCGUGGGCGAAGAGUUGCGGAAGCUCUCGUUCGUGAGGAUCGACGCACUAGACCCAAGCCCGGGUAUGCUUGAGCAAGCCCGAAAAAAAGAAGUGUACGACAGGUACUUCUGUUGCUACCUGAAUGACCAGCGGCUGCCUAUAGAAGACAAUGCCUACGACUGCAGUGUCACCAGCGGAGGGAUGGGAGGGCAUAUUCCAACAGCUGGUUUGUAUGAACUGGCACGCAUCGUAAAACCAGGUGGGCUGGUCUGCAUCGUGAUGAGGGCAGAAUAUCUGCAGCAUGUACCCGAGUACAGUGGGCGGCUUGAGCUCCUGAUGGACCAGAUGGAGGAGGACAAGAUAUGGCGGCUCCACUCCAGGACCGUUGUGCCCCGCUACUCCUUUGACAACGAUGGAGUCGUCUUCCGGUUUGUCAUCUGCUGACAUCCGCUGUAUAAGAUGAUGCUCGAGGCCUUCCAACGUCUUAGAAUAAAGCUCAUCUACGGUCGUUUCUUUGUCGGGAAAGAAAGAUGUAUCUUAGCCUUUCUUUUCGUUCUUGCUGUCUUGCUUUGAACUUACAACAAUAAAUAUAUGCAAUAUCAUCGUUCGUGUUUCAAAAAGCUGCUUAAAUGCAAAGUCACUGAAACUUUACAUAUCGAAGUGUUACUCUAUUUUUCUCUUAUUUAUGAGUAAUAAAUAAAUACACAAGCUG